AAACGUAGAAUGAAAUUGCAGAAAGAAUUAGAUCAGAAGCAAAAAGAAUUAGAUAAACUCAGCAUGAUUUGGCAGGAAGAGCGAGUUAAACUUAAAGAAAUUAAAAAUAUUAAAUCUCAAUUAGAGCAAGCUAAAAUUGAGUUAGAAUUAGCCCAGAGACAAGGUAAUUUUACUCAAGCAAGCGAACUUCGCUACGGAAUUAUUCCAGAAUUAGAGAAGAAACUUCCUCAUGAUGUUGAGGAAGAAAGCUCAGAAUCACUUAUCCACGAAAGAGUCAUUGCAGAUGAUAUUGGAAUCAUUGUUUCUCGGAUGACUGGCAUUCCAAUUCAUAACUUACUUCGAAGCGAAAGGGAUAAGUUAUUACAUAUGGAAGAAAAUCUUUCGCGACGCGUUGUAGGACAAAAUGAGGCUAUUCGAGCUGUAUCAGAAGCAGUCAGGCUGAGUCGUGCUGGAUUACAAAGUCCUUCGCGACCGAUCGCUUCAUUUUUGUUCCUCGGUCCCACAGGGGUAGGAAAGACCGAGCUUUGUAAAGCUAUCGCAGAGUUUUUGUUUGAUACAGAAUCAUCUAUUAUUCGUGUAGAUAUGAGUGAAUAUAUGGAAAAGUUUGCGGUAUCACGUUUGGUUGGUGCACCACCUGGUUAUGUUGGAUAUGAAGAAG